AUGUAGGUGGUGCCAUGCACAUAAUGAUAUUCGUCUUCAUAACCAAUGAAGACAUUUGAGUGCUAGGAACGAGGAAGAGGGGAGAGGAGAGCACAGGAGAGGGGAUAGAAGAGCACAGAAGAGAGAUGCAAGAAAUCAUAUCCGGCUGGCAUUUGGAGGAAAGGUGUACGUAUCCCUUUUUUAAGGAAUUGUCCUAGAAUCUGAUGCUCUUAGCUACGAAGGCUUCGUUUGAGUCUGCAGUCAAAACGCCAGUUCACCCGAAGCAGAGCAGAGCUCUUAUCGGUUUACAAGGUGUGACCUCCUCGGCUGGUGAAGAAGAAAUGGAUGGUAUGCGGGACCAGGGUAUAGCAUCGACGGGUGGUGUUGGCGGCGCUGACUUUGAUACAACACCUUCACAUGGAUGCGAGGAGAAGGGUGAUAACUCUGGCUCCCCAAAGUCUUCUGCUUGGCCGAGGCCUUUGUUUCCCGUGCUUCAGUCGUCGAAGCGGUCCUUCGACGUAGAUAACCUUUUCUUUCUGGCGGGUAAUUUGGAGAGGGAGGUGCUGUCAAAGCAAGCAGCACUGGAAAUCACCGCAGAGGAGGCAAACGAGCUGCGGAAGACGAUCACAGACUCGUCGCAGCCGGCUUUGGACUGUCCCUUAGCAGGCUGCAAGGCAAAGCUACAUGGUGUCGAGGCCUUUGCGUCACACUAUAAUUCUGUACAUUCGGCCAUGUGUUGCACAUGCCGGAAGGUGUUCCCCACAACUCGCCUUCUUAACCUCCACGUUGCAGAGUCUCAUGAUGCAUUCUUUCAGGCAAAGGUUGCACGCGGCUACAAGAUGUACGAGUGCCUCGUUGAAGACUGCGCAGAUCGUUUUGCAACAGAAGCUGCACGCCAUCAGCAUCUUGUUGACAAGCAUAUGUUUCCCCGAAGCUUUAGAUUCAAUGCCAAAUGCAGCCAUCCUUCUCAAAAACAGAGAUGGAAGAUUGCUCAGAAGUCGGGUGGGACUUUGCAAGACCAAGCAACUGGUGGAAGGGGGCUUAGCAGAGGUGGAGGAGGGAGGAUGGGGGGGCAAGGGCGAGGCGGACAAGGAGGACAAGGAGGGCGAGGAGAGCGAGGAGGGAGAGGAGGACAAGGAGGCCGAGGAGGCCGAGGAGGACAAGGAGGCCGAGGAGGCCGAGGAGGACAAGGAGGACGAGGAGCUGCAGUGGUAGGAUGGAAGGCAGGUGAGGGCAUGCGUUGGAGGGAGCAGGGCAAGCUUGCAGAAUGCUCACUUGCUGUAGCAGAUAAUAGGGAAGAAGGGAUGGAGGCUCGGUCAGAAGCUGCUCCAAUGGGAAUAGACCGCAUGGAGCAAGCAGGUGGAAUGACAACGACUACCCAUGAUGAUGUAAGUAAAGAUUCUCCAGUGAAAAGGAAGCAAGAUCAAGCAGCAGCUGGUAGCCUAGAGGACAUGAUGGAGAUGAGAAGAGCGGGUAGCUCAGAAGCGGCGAUGGAGACGGAAAGGGCAACAGUGAGCCGUGCCGGUGAACACAGAGACAACUUUGUGAAAGAGCCACCUCCAGAAGAGAAAGCAGGUCAGGGAGAUGCUGGUGACUUUGAUGCUGCAAUGGAGAUUGAGAAUUUGUCAGUUUCAAUGUCUCGGCUGCGAACUGCAUCGGAAACUGCUUCCCAGCCCAAGUCUAUUUGCUUUGGUCGCCGCAUGAAACAAGGUGCGGCUUUCUACCGGAUUGUGCACAAUGAAGGCCGAUUGAAGGGUGCAAAGGGUCAAGCACGUGGGGGGACAGAUGUUAGAUCUGCUGGUGGGAAUCAGCCAAUGGACGAAGCGCAGGGUGCGGUGCAAGGCCGAUCGAAGCUUGAAAAGGGACAAGUACGUGGAGGGACACAGGUUCUAUCUGAUGGUGGACAGCAGCCAAUGGAAGAAGAGCAAGGAGUGGAACAAAUUGUUGAGCCUGUUGCCACGCGAAUCGAACACGUAACCUACGGAUUACCAGGCAGAUACCUAACCAAUAUCUGCAGAGAGAGCCCCAAACUUCGGAAGCGAGCAUCUCUCUUAGUGCACGUAAGGACGAGUAUGGGACAUAUAUCCGCUAUGGAUGAGGAGCUGGUAGAUGCAGAGGACGACGAUAUCCCAGAGGAGGUGUCUCUCAAAAAGGGUAAGGAGAUUGCGGCGGAACAGUCGAAAGUCGAGAGAUUUGAAAAGAAGCGCGUUGCCGAUGCAGUGAAGGAGAAGAGAGAGAAGCGGAUUCGUGCCCGUCAAGAGGAGAAAAGAGCAAGGCUGGAGGAGCUUGCAGCAGCGGAGAACUCGAAGCUGAAGAAGGCUGAAAAGCAGCAGCAGCAGAAGGAGAUGAAAAAGAAUAAAACCCGGUCAGGGGACGAGAGUCUGCAGAACAGAUCCGCAGAGGACGGAGGAACGCAAAUGGCCCAAAGCUCGAGGCGAGGAGAUGAGAGGGAUGGCAAGUCCGCCGAUGACGCAGAUGAACGGGAUGAAGGUUCUUCCGACGACGACGACGAUGGUACGGAGGAGGAGAUGCAGGGUAAGCUAUUGUCGGAGAGCAUAGUGAGGGCCUUGACGGAGAGGGAGCAGAAGACCGAAAGCGAAAGAGGAAGCGUCAGCAGAGCUGAACAAGGUGCGUUGGGUCAAAGUGAGCAUUGGGGAGGCCGUCGCGACAGCGGGAAGGAGAAGAAGAAUAAAAGGAGAAAGGAGAAGAUGGUGAAUAAGAGUACAGAGAAGUUGAUCAUUGACAAUGGACUGGAAGUGGCAGUUCUUCCUGAUCCGGGAAAUGUGGGGGUGGAAUUUAAGCCCUCAGCAUCGGCGGCAAGUUUUCACCGAGAGCAGUUGUACGGAAGCAGGUUGCGACGAUCUUUGGGAAUGGUGGCUCCGAAAGGUCUUCCCGGUGGCGGCGGUGGUGCUGCGCUCUUCCUGGGUGCAGCCACGAGAUGAAAUUGAAUAUAUGCACGACGCAUGACAAUGACCCUUCAUUUCGCCGUUUGUUUUCCCGAAUUUUGUGCUCUUCCUUUCUCGAUUUCAUUUGCUUCAAGACUGUAGCUGGUGCUCUAUUCCCCCCCCCCCCCCGACCCCACCCCACCCCACCUCUCCCGCCUCCUCGCUGUUAAGCAGUUCUGCAAUGUCAAUUGUGAUGUUUCUUUCCACCAUUCCUUCGCAAGUGUUUGCGCAGGUGAAAACUGAAAGAAGAAGGAAAAGAAAACAGUUCACUGUUACUUUUUCUCUCUUCCUCCCAACUUCUGUCCUCGUUGUCAAUUGGUAUAUAUUUCUGCAAUUGUUUUUGUGAUCUGUUCUGGGCUCAUGACUAUGUGACAAGA